AUGGAAGGAUCAGUUGGUGAAUUUGUUCCAGUACCAUUCUCUUCCCUCAACACAUUUUCCCUUUAUCUCAGGGUCGUGGAAGCACUGAAAAUAAUUACACCUGUCAUCGUCGGUAUCGGUAUCGUAUUAAAUAUCGUAUCGCUGAUCGUGUUGCUGCACAUGACGAUGCGACAAUCUUCCUGCUGUAUCUACCUAGCAUGCAAGUCAGUAUCGGACAUACUGUAUUUGCUGUGCGUAUUCCUAAUCUGGCUCCACAGAAUCGACUACAAAAUCUUCGAUACCGCUAAUUUUUGCCGCACUGUGACGUUUAUCUCAAACGUCACGUGUUUUGCCUCGACCUGGAUCGUUGUUGUGAUCUGUGUUGAGAACCUAUUCUGCGUCGUUUGGCCCAGUUUUGUGAAGAUGUACUGCAAGGCCACUUCCGCUCUGGUCAUCUCUGGGUUAUUAUAUUUGGUUGGAAUCCUUGUCUACCAAAUCUCGUUUUGGAGCGAACAAAUUGGAGAUUUUUACAACGUGGAUUUCAACUCGACAACUAUAAAAGCUGGAACUAAUUCAAACAUUCUCGAAAAUUCUGAUUCAAUGAUGCCAAAAUUUCAAGAUGAACCAAAUCCAACAAUGAUUACUAAUACUUAUGGUGUUUUCGGUUCUUCCCCUAAUGUAAACUACACCAGCAAAUUUGAAACCAAUAUCUGCACCCAUUUUGAGAUUACUGCUGAUUAUAAAAAUAUGAUAAUCAUCGAUACAUGUAUUUCAUUCAUAAUACCAGUCAUCGCUCUCGUCAUCACCAACAUUAUCAUCGCCAACAUCGCUUUCCGCACCCCCAAGACCAGAGUUACCACAAGGGCCUACAGUUUUAGAGUUACUCCCCCUGACACAGCUGCUGCAUGGGCAUCAAAAGCCUUCAGAUUUCUCUUUAUGUUAACUCUGAUCAUACUGGUCUUCCAUACUCCACGUUUCGUCAUCCGUUUCAAAUCCACCAUCGCGUUUGAAGAAUUUGACUUGGUGCUUCACGUAAUCUUCGAGCAUUUUUCCUACAUUCACUGUGCUGUUUCGUUCUUCAUGUACUGUGUAUUCGGGUACAAUUUCAGACAAGUUCUUACUUCGGUUUUCACAGGAAAAAAACUAACAUCUGUUAACGUACAAUAA